CAUAUAUUCAAACUGUCCGGCAUCUCUCUCAACACUGAACAGCUUUGGGUGUCUCUCUGUGCAAAAAUCGCGCGAAAGUCUUGGCAAUAAUCAUAGAAGAUUCUUUACUGGUAGAUGAAUGAGAGUAGCAUAUUUUUUUCUUUUCGGGAAGCCUCAGCGAAACAUUUUUUGGGGGGAAGGAGGUGAAAAAAAAGCGCCGAGUAGAAUCACUCCAACACUCAACAGUGGAGCAGUAUUUCAGUUGCGAGUCAGCCGUUGAAUCGGGUCGGUGGUUUCGCUUUUCGCGGGUCCGUAAAGAGUUGUCACUUUUUUUUCUCCCAGAGUUUUUAAAGAAAAAAUGUUUAGUCAAUUGAUUUGAAGUUUAUACGAAUUUUUGGAUAUUAUAAAAUUUCAAAAUAGCUUUUCUUUCGGAUUUUGUGUUUUCUUUUAUUUCGACCAAAUUGAUGGAAAAUUUACGAGUACUUGACGAAAAUUGAUGUUUUACUGAAAUAAGAAUAAAAGAAAAAAAAAACUACGAAAAGUGCUUAGUAUGUCUAUUUCUUAAGCCAAUACAAGUAUAUUGAUUGUUUUAUUGGGACAGUUUUGUGGCACAAAUGAAGGUGAAUUUAAUUUGUCUGCUUGCAAAAAAGUGAUGAGCCGGACAGUAUAUAUUUUAUGAUCAAUUUUUCGGGACGUAUCAUUGCUUGAGAUAAUUUCUGAAACAUUGCCAUUCAUCGGAUUUUUCUAUGUACAUAAUCCACACUAAUUCACACAUUCGCAAUAUAUUGAAAGCAUAUAAGAGAGAUGAGAAGCCAAAAAAGAUGAUAGAGAUGUUCAGACGCCUUGGCCGUUGUGCUACAUGCUAAAUAUUUGUUUUUAGGAGUCAAUAUUAUCAAUAAAUUUCUCUCCUUCAAGUAUUCAAUUUUUUUUUCUUCGUUUUUAUAUGAAAUUUUCGAGGCAAGUGUAUCGCAUUUUCGUGUAAAUUGGCAGAUUGUUUCAGAAGAUGCUAUAAAAGAGCUAAAAUAAUUUUUGUCUUAUAAAGAAACUGGUGAAAAGUGAGAGUUUGUGCAUUUAAUACAUUAUUCUGAUAAUCAUUGAUAAGGACUUGAAGAUUGCACAAAUUGUGUGUUUAAAAUCGUUUUUUUCUUUUUUUCUUUAAUUCUUGUAAUUAGAAGCGAUAGACAUUGUGCUGUUUGAGACGAAAAGUUUGAAGAAAAUGCAAUAUAGUGCAAUUUAAAAAUUGAAUUGUCAGGAAAAUAUGAAGCACACGGUUAAUGCUUCAGAUCAGCCAGUGUACUGUCACAUAAUCUCAUGGUGCAAGUUUAGCUGUAUAUUGAAUAGAGUGUGGAUUACCAUUUGAUUUAAACUGCAAGCGCCAGGACAAGCAUCUGCAGCUGAUAAGAUUGCUCAAGUGGCUUUUCAGUAACAGUAGUCAACAAUUAAUCGUGUUUUUAAACACUACUUAUCACCACACACGGCUGCAGCGAUCACUUUCCUCACCUUCUCUUUCGCAUCUCACCAUUGACGGGACACAUUUGAAGGGCGAAGAAAGAAAAGUCUCAAGAUGACAACUCGCUGGAGGCAGAAAGUCACAUUUGCAGCAGCCGUGGUACUUCUUAUUGUGGCACUAGGCUUGGGAAUCUUCGUUUGGACGGCAGUAUCAAAUGGUGUUUUCACACCACGAACCGCCAGCAUUAGGCAUAGAAUAAAUAUCAGUGACAAUCAGGAGUCUUCCAGCGUGAAUAGAAGCUCUCUCAAUAUGAUUAGAGACUCCUCUAAUCAUCAUCAUUUACCAUCAUCAUCAUCAACUACAUCGCCAUCCAGUUUGGACUCGACGGAGGAAUCGCCUCCACGGCAUCCGCCCGACAUCGACUUGUCGCAUUUCGAUUACGAAAAUAUUCCAAUGAGCAAUGUGGAGUAUGUGAAACCAUCGAAAAUUCACACACAACCCCUCCAUGCAGAUGAUCUGCUGUACGAGUCCAAGAAUCAAGAGACUGCAACAAGUAACUUAGAAAAUCAUCGAAUCACCGGGCACUUUCGUAACAAAUCGAGUCGAAUAUGGGACCCACAUCCACAGUAUGAGAUCGAUGCUUUUGGUCUUCAUAUGCAUUUAAUCCUCUACCAAGCUGCCAAUUUCAUUCACAAUGACCUAAAGGUGACACAUAUUUGGCCCAAUGAGACACUAAGACGGAAGGCAGAUCAUAAGGAUCACGAAACACUGCAGGGAUGCUUCUAUCGGGGUCAUAUCCGUGGUGAUGAAAAAUCUUUUGUGUCUGUAAACCUCUGUGACGGAAUGAGGGGACACAUUAGGACGUCGUCUGGCUCAUUUUUCAUACAACCCGUGGAGAAGUACACCAGUGAAAAUGAGAAUAUUCUUCAUAUUGUCUACAGAUUGCCCAUAAACAUCAGGCCUCACGAUGAACUGGAAUCCAUGGAAGAGAAUUCUAGCAAUUCUGCAUUUGAAAAUGCUGGAGAUACUUAUUCGCCCGACAUUGAUGGGGACUUGGUGACUUCGAGGGAGCCUGAAGCUCAUGUAAGAAGAAAACGAAGUCAUCACAGUAUGAUGUCGCACAAUGAGUACACGAUGGAGAUUCUGGUGGCUGUGGACAAGAAAAUGCAGGAAUACCAUGGUGAUGCAAUUCAGGAAUAUGUUCUGACACUCAUGUCCAUUGUGUCGAGCAUCUUCUCGGAUGCCACCAUUGGAAAUUCCUUGAAUGUCGCUGUGGUGCAUAUUCUCCUGCUGAAGCAUGAUCUUGUAAUGAACUCCAAUCAUAUAGGUGUCUCGGCGUCCAGUAUGCUGGCGGAAUUUUGCAAAUUGAAGCAACGCUAUCACAAUUUUCAACACGAUACAGCCCUCCUUUUAACACGCGAGCAGAUUUGCCGGAAUGCCAAUGAGACCAAGUGUGACACUCUUGGGUUGGCAGAACUCGGGACCAUGUGCCGGGCGACUUCUUGUUCUCUGGUGCAGGACAAUGGACUGUCGGCGGCAUUCACAAUAGCCCAUGAAUUGGGUCAUGUAUUGAGCAUGCCACACGAUGAUGAUCCCAAAUGUGGAAAAUUUCAUAACCCAAAAAAGCACAAGGACUUUAUUAUGUCUCGAAUGCUGGAUCACAAUACUCAUCCUUGGGCCUGGUCUGAUUGCUCGCGCCAUUUCAUUACAGAAUAUCUUGAAAAAAAACACGGAAAUUGCAUGCUGAACAAACCGGAGCGGGAUAUGAUAGAGCCUAGUAGUGGCAAUGCAAUGUUGGCUGGAGAGAAAUUUACAGACAAUCAGCAAUGCGAAUUGGUAUUUGGGCCAGGCACUAAGAUUUGCUCCUACAUGCCCGUCUGCAACUCCCUGUGGUGUACAGCAGGAGCUACAGAUGUGGAGGGAUGUCGUACACAGGCGAUGCCAUGGGCGGAUGGAACCAAAUGUGGCGAAAAUCAGUGGUGUCAGAAGGCACAAUGCGUGCAUCGCAAUAGGAGUGCCCUGAAGCCUGUGGAUGGUGGAUGGGGUCCGUGGAGCUCGUAUAGCGAAUGCAGUAGAUCUUGUGGUGGUGGUGUUCAUGCCAUUACACGCGAGUGCAAUAAUCCAGAACCCACGAAUGGGGGAAAGUACUGUGUGGGUGAGAGAAAGCACUAUGAAUCGUGCAAUACCCACAAUUGUCCAGUGGGAACUCCGGAUGCGAGGGAGGAGCAAUGUCGGGAAUUGGAUAAUGAUAACUUUGACAUUGUGGGGAUCCCGAAAAAUGUUAAAUGGAUACCAAAAUAUGGAGCUUCACCUGCUGACGAGUGCAAAUUGUAUUGUAGAGUUCAAAACACCAAUCAAUAUUUUGUUCUUAAAGAUAAGGUGAAAGAUGGAACCCCAUGCUCAUCGCAGAGCUUCAACAAAUGCGUCAAUGGGUUAUGUCGACCAGCCGGUUGCGACAAUGUCCUGGAUUCAUCGGCUGUCUUGGAUAAAUGCGGUGUGUGCAAUGGGAAGAAUGACACAUGUGAAGAUGUCUUUGGAUCGCUGAGUCAUCAGCAUUUCUCUGAGGAUAUCAGUAAUCGAUCGACCUUCUACUAUCGAGUUACAAUGAUCCCCAAGGGAUCCACGAAUAUCGAGAUCACUCAACCCGGCUACGGCGACGAUCACAACUACAUCGCUCUGAUGGAUGAUCAGGGCAAUUACCUGCUCAAUGGGGAGAAUCUCAUUACGCAAUACCCCAAAGUAUUUGCCUAUGCUGACGUUACUUUUGACUACAAUGGGGCCUAUUCUGCCCUAGAGAGGGUCAAUUCGACGUAUGCGCGUCACCUGAAGCGCGAUCUCAUUGUUGAGGUGUUGUCGGUACGACCGAUGGACCGAGACAUUAGUGAAAAUCUUAUUCAGUAUUCAUAUUCAGCACCAAAGGCACCUUAUGGUGUGGAAAAGAGCAUUCCACAGGUCACAUCAACCACCUCACUCUACAAUCAUCAUCAUCAUCGAAAUAUAAUCCCAUAUCAGUGGAAGAUGAGUGAAUGGAGUCGAUGCAGUCAGCUGUGCAUUGGGAAGCAAUCUAGGUCAGCGGUUUGCAUUCAAAUGGAAACAAAUGCAAAAGUUCCCGCCAAUUACUGCCAACAUCAGCAAAAACCACAGGAUGAGUAUGAAGUGUGCAACAUCGAUUGUCGUCUUGAUUUGGAACUCACCAAGUCAGAUUGCUCUAAGUCUUGUGGGGAUGGAAUUAGAACACUCAAAUACAUUUGCAUCCAAAUUUAUAUUCAGUCGGGACAGAAGCAUAUUGUGGAAGAUUCUCACUGUCAGCAUAUCUCAAAGCCGUCGACGGUCACGUAUGAAAAAUGCCAGGGAGCCUGCAAAGAUGCCACAUGGGCGUAUGGAGGAUGGGAACCGUGCACGGAAACAUGUGGAGGCGGCUUGCAAAACCGAUCAGCGACAUGCUUAUCUCACGUUGGUGGGUUUCCCAUUGAUGAUAGCUACUGUAGCAAUUUGGCCAAGGAAGAUACGGUACGGAUAUGCAAUGUAGAAUCAUGUCCAGAGUGGGCUUACGGGGAGGAGACGCCGGUAACUGAUGUCUCAGUUGUAAGUUACUUCGACAACUACGAUCCACUGAUUCGUAGUAGACCCAAGGAACUUUAUGAAGUUCAUCACACAAUUCCAUCUUCCAAACCUCGAGGCCUAGCCACUAUUUUAACAUCUACAACUACUCUAGCACCAAUUAUAAAACUGUAUCAGUGGCGUGCUAGUCUCUGGGGUCAAUGUUCAGUGUCAUGUGGCGAAGGAGGUAUUCGUAUCCGCAGCGUAAGAUGUUCUCUCAAAUCAGAAUCUGGAUACGAAUAUGUAGCAGAUUCAUUCUGCGAUCCAGCUCGAAAACCAGUAAAUAAAUUAAAAUGUUCAGAUAUUCGAUGUCCUGAGUGGAUUUUUUUGAACUGGAGUGAGUGUGGGGAUGACUGUACUAGAAGAAGGCAUGUUAUUUGCCAGGGUCACCGAGGACAGGUGGACGAUAAACUGUGUCCGGCUGAUUUGAGGCCACCACAUAGAGAAACAUGCUGUCACUACCGAUGGCGCAGUGUCUGGUCACCAUGUUCAGCGACCUGUGGACAUGGUAUCCGCAAAAGAGAGAGAGUUUGUAUGAGAUUAAUGCCACGAUCGAAGACCAAUCCUCAUCCCGUGAAGACUGGAAAACGUGUUGAUUCUCAAUACUGUCCAACUUCUGGGGCAGUUGUUACGUUUAAGCGGCCGACGAGGCCUUGCAAAAAACUCUGCCAGUUUCGCUGGGAAACUUCUCCAUGGACAAAGUGCAAUGCGGGCUGUGGAACUGGAUUUGCCCUGAGAAAUGUAACGUGCACGAAUGGCAGAGUAAUUUCUCAGACUGAAUGUAGUGGAAUACCAAAGCCAUCGAAUGCCAAACCCUGUGAGGGAAAAAGUCACUGUACAUGGAAGAUUCUCAAGCCGAAGAAUUGCAGUUGCGGUGGGUACAUGAAAAGGAGGGCUAUUUGCAUGGAUACAUUGCGAAAUGUGAGAUCAAGCAGUUGUCCCCAUGGCAAUCGCCCACCACCGAUUAAGCAACGCUGUCAGGCACCACCAAAUUGCUCCUGUCGUACUAUUCAGUAUCACAUGAAUACCAGAAGGGAUGGGGAAUAUGUGCUGAAUGUGCGUGGACGACAAGUAAGCAUCUACUGUCAUCGGAUGAACACAAAUACACCCAAGGAGUAUUUGACGUUAAAAGCUGGCUCAACGGAAAACUACUCAAUGUACUAUGAUAAGAGAUCUAAGGAUCGGUCACAAUGUCCAGAUAGCCCGCACCAUAUGUUCCAUGAUGAAACAAUUCCAUCUGGAACAACGUGGUACAGCAAGGUGCGCCUCAAUUUGCAUACAUUACAAGUCAUCAAUGAUGACUUUGCAUUCGCCCACACACAAGGGCACACGCAGCCCUUCGCAUCAGCUGGGGACUGCUUUAGCAUCACGAGACGAUGUCCGAAGGGAGUAUUCUCCGUGAAUCUCGAAGGUACGGGCUUCAGGAUACGACCGACGAUGCAGUGGGAAACAAAAGGGCAGAGCUCGGCCAUAAUUUUCCACCAGAAUCUCGAACCGCCAUAUUUUAAGGUAAUAGCCCGAUGUGGGGGCUACUGUGGCAACUGCUUCUCGUCCAGAAAUCACACAUUGACCCUCGAUGUUCUGUAGAAGUCAUCUUCAGUGCACCUUGAUUUUUUUUAUCAUUGUAAGAAACUUCUUCCGUAGUCUUUGUGGAAGGAGUGCUUUUUUCAUUGAUCUGUUGGCCGCUCCUUUUUUCGGAGUGGUAGAUUCAAUGAUGGGUAAAUCCUACUCACACAAUUAUUUGCCAUAACCCGGAUAUUGGAUGGAAUCCACGGAUGCUGAGGGAGAUGGUGUGACUGGGGUGCAAUGAAAAGAAAGUUCAACAACAGUCGCGCUGGGCAUCUUUCUCACAUCUACUGUGUGGGUGCAGCUUUGUUGUAAAUUCGUCAUUUUAUUAGUAAAAAGAAAAAGAAAAGGAUAAAUAAUAAGCUUUAUAUUAAAACGCGUUAUUGAAAUAUUUGUGAUAUGUCUUUUUUCACACAAGAGACGAAAUUUUAAAUAAAUAAACUGUAUUAGAAAGAAAAAGAAAUUGAACAGCAAGAAAACGACAGAAAAAAAAGUUGAUGAAAUUGGAUAAUUGGAAAAAGUACAAAACACCUAAUUUAAGGAAUGAAGAUGAGUUUAGAUUGCAGUAAAUUGCAACUACAGGUUUUGUAGUUGAAAUAUUUCAAAUACUUCCGCCAUAUGAUUUUUUUUUAGUAAUUACGAUGUCUAUUGAAUUGUCUUGAUUUUUUUUUUUGAAGUGUUGCUAUUCCAUAAGCGACAAAUAUAACUCAUAUAUGCACAUUUUUUUUGCAAUUUGAGGUACUAUUUUGAAGAAUAUCUACGUUUUUGAUUCUUAUUGUAAGAGGUCAAAGACUUUUUUUACUCAAAUUGAAAUACUCAAGUUCCACUGAAGCAACCUACCGGUUUGAAAGGUAAUUUCAAACAUACAUUAAACACAUUUUGAGACCAAUAUUUUUAUUAUUCAACAAUAGCGUUCUCUCCCAUUUUCCCCAUUGGCGCCCCUUACACAAUUAUAUUUGAAAUGUGUACGGUAAACUAUUAAAUUUUAUAUCAAUGAUAUUUUCUAUAACUGCCGUAUUUUAAUAAGUCAUUCACAAUUCGUCUAUAGUAGAUUAAUUUCUAAUGUAAUAGUAAUUGUAUUGAGAAGAAGUGGAAUUUAUAAAAGAAGCCCACAGUAAAAUCUGUAACUAUUUUUUCCAAUAACUGCCUUAAUUUACCAAGUUGACCAUUAUAGGUUAUAAUUAAAUGUGAGGUUAUAUAUUAGGAAAAACUUGAAUAAAAUAUAUUCAACAUUUUCUUAUCAGAUGCAAUCAAGAAAAUUCUUUUUGGUCUCAUUUCAUUUGACAAAGAGGUUUUUUUUUUUGAAAAGUGAGGUUGUGUCGUACUUAACCUAAAAUAAAUAAAUGUUUUAGAGGAGCAUUUAAUUUUUUCUGCUAGUAAAAUUUUCAAUUAAUUGAACAUUUAAUAUAUAAACAAAAAUGUAAUUUAUAUAAUUUUUGAAGAAAUUUAACUAAUCAGAAAAACAUAACCUAUUUUUAUUUCUUAUUUUUAAUUUUCCAAAGAAGGGUUUUGAUGGUAACAAGUUGUGGUUCUUGAAAUUGAUAAAUAAAUUGAUUAAAGUAAUGAUGGUUAAAGUUUUUCUGCACAAAAAUAUUUCUUAAUUCAUUUGAGGUUAGAUGCAAUAUAACCUCAAAUUUGAAAAUAUCUUCUUGACCAAAUAAGAAACAAAUUCCUUCUACUUCUUAUACAGUAGACUCUCUCUCAAUUGGGCAUUUGGGGCAAAAUGUCAUCCGGAUUAUCGAUAGAUUUGGAUGUCAAAGCCUUUGUAAAUUCCACAAAAAGCGCUCAAUUAUAAAGAAUCACAAUAAAAUAGGAAGAACUUACAACGAAUUUGAGCAAAUUAGCUUCAUAAUUAAACGUGAAAAUUGUCAACAAAAUUUUUCGCCCGAUUGAAAAGAGCCGAUUGAGAGAGAGAGUCUACUGUAUGGCAAUUGGUACAAUAAAAGAAAUCCUUAUUAAAGAAUACUUUGCUUAGAUUACAAAUUUUACAAUUUGAAAGAUAAAUCAAAUUUUAAAAUUUAACCUCAAAAUUAAACAUCUUGGAAUAAAAUGCUUCGAAAGGACAAAGAGGUAAUUAAAAUAGCUAGGGAAAAAAUCUUUUUAAAUACUAUUUUUGCCACAUGUUCAAAUUAAUUAUCUAUCGUGGUUAUCAUCGUACUAAUUCUCGUGUUUUUAGGUUAAACCCUACACAACCUCACUUUUUGAAGUGACCUCUUCUGUACAUAGUAAAAAAUUACAAAUCAAAGCAUUUCUGAUUUCUUAAAUUAAUUUGAGAAAAAUGAAUCAUGUUGAAACUUUCUAAAGUUUUUAACCUUUAAAAGAUCUCCUUUUUUUUAAAAUUAUAUUUUGUUCCAAAUUGUUGGUAAAACAAGGAUCAUCUUUGAGUAAAAGUGCCUGAUUUUUCUGUGGGGACCGUGGCGUAAAUAAAUUUUCAGUCGAUAGGAAAUAAAUAAAACAAUUGUGUGAGAUAGUGCUUUUUUGUAAAAUUGAUUAUAUUUGUAUUAAUGUAUUUAUCCAAAAUAGGUUUAUAAGCAAAAAGAAAUUGUAGCUUUUUAGCGAAGCUUUAAGUCAGUAAAAUUUUGCACAAACAUUCAUCGAAGAAGAUUAUUGUUUUUUCAAUAGAAUGUGCAAUUGCUAGAAGUGAGUUCUAUUCAUUUCUUAAUUCACUAUUACACCCUCAUUCUGAAAUACAUGUUGUAAAAUGAUACCAUAUAUAUAUUUUUUAAGUUACAAUAGAUUAAUAUAGUCCAUCCAGAAUGUCCAACCUGAAAUAUGCCUGGAAUUUUGUCUCUCUCCCCAUGACAUUGAAUUGUCUUCAUAAUAUUGUGCGUAUUGAUGUUUGAGGUGCGAAAUUUUUGGUAGAAAACAAGAGAGUUGAGAGAUCUUUCUGUAUUUUUUUGCCUGUGAAAAAUACAUAAAUUCAGAAAGAAACGAACUACAACUCUUCAGAAUUUAGAAUAUGUAGUGUAGCUGAAUGUAAUAUUCUUAGUAUUUGAGAAAAUAAUAAAAUCUAAUUGAUAAUAA